UAUGUCUUAGUUUUGUGGAUCGUCAAAGACACUACAAUCCACUACGCAUGCAGAACACUUACUCGUUACAUGCGCAAAAGGGUUCAACCUCUCGCGUCACCAAGCUGGUCAUGCUGUAGUAUGUGGACGCCCAAGCUUACAUGUACAUGUAGAUAUUGGCAUCAUUCGAAGCCGUGGCCCAUUGUGGGGUAAGCAUGCCACAACCCCUUGUUGGAGCCUCGGUAACUUCGGCAGGGUCACUGCCAACGACUUCUCCAACUCGUCUUAGCUAGCUCAGUUCGUCCAUCUCAUCGCACGAUUCGCUCUCCUAUGGCGAGAUCGACCUGCAAUCCACGUGAAUAGAGACGAGCUACGUGCCAAGCUCUGCUUGCUGCUCUACCGUGUCUACUAGUAGUACUCUUACAUCAUAUUCCACUCACUUGUAGGCUUCUCUAUUCAUCAUGUCACUCGCGACUGUGGCGGGUGCCGCCGUGGGUGCGCUCGCAGCCGGCAUGUAUCUCGAUGCACGGUUUUUGGUCCGGAAUGAUCUUCGCCAGGGAAACAAGGCGCUCGCCGCAUACCUCGGCAUGCGCUAUAUCACUCAGAAGGCGCGCGAGAACAAGCUGCUCCUGUAUGAUAACGCAUUCGAGGACCGGGUGGGGACGCCCGCCGGCGACUAUCCGUGUCUGAUCUUUGAGGGCCGGCAAUGGACCUACACCGAGUUCCGCAAUGCGAUCCAGCCAGUCGCCAACUGGCUUCUCAAGGAUCUGGGGAUCAAGAAAAAUGAGGUAGUAGCUCUCGACGGAGGCAACACACCCGAGUACCUCUUGAUCGUGUUCGCAUUGGAGGCCAUCGGGGCCGCGUCCGCCCUGCUAAACUGCAACCUCACGGGCAACGCGCUAGCGCACAGCGUCAAGCUCUCUACAACGCGCUACCUUAUUGCGGAUGAGCAUGUUCGGAACCUGGUGUCCCCUGUGGAGUCCGAGCUGAAGGAUUCGGGGGUUCAGACGGUCUACUACAGCCCGGCAUUCAUAGAGACGCUUAAAGACACCGAACCACUGCCCAGGGAACGUCGCAUGAAUCUACAGCCUACAGAGAUAGCGAACCUUCUUUAUACUUCGGGCACGACCGGUCUACCCAAAGGUGUCAUCCUUUCACGACUUCGACCUUUGACUUUAGGCAAGGGCGUAGGUGGGUACUUAGGUCUGAAACCGGGUGACCGCAUGUACACGUGCUUGCCGCUAUACCAUGCCUCAGGGCUAGGGUUAUGUACCAUGCCAUGCUUCUUUUCCGGCGCUACCGUGGUUUUGGGUAGGAAAUUCAGUCAUUCUAAAUUCUGGCCCGAAGUCCGCGAGUCGAAGGCCACGCAUAUCCAGUAUGUCGGCGAGCUCUGCCGCUACCUUGUCAACGCACCGCCCAGCCCGCUCGACCGGGGCCAUAACGUGAGGAUGGCGUGGGGCAAUGGCAUGCGGCCUGAUGUGUGGGAGCGCUUUCGGGAACGCUUCGGCAUCGAGUGCAUCAACGAGCUCUACGGCGCAAGCGACGGCAUAUCCAUCACAACCAACACCAAUAGAGGUGAUUUUUCGCGGAACGCUGUUUCUGUGCGCGGUCCAUUGUGGCAUUUACUCAACCGCGACGAGAAGCGCAUUAAAGUCGACCCUGACACGCUAGAAGUGAUCCGAGGGAAAGACGGCUGGGCCGUUGAGGCGAAAGCAGACGAAACCGGCGAGCUGAUUAACAAAAUGGACCCGAAUGCCCCUGACGUGGGCACGCCCCAAUACUUCGGCAACAAAUCGGCCACAGUGAAGAGGCGGAUAACAGACGUAUUCAAGAAAGGCGACCUCUGGUUCCGAUCCGGCGAUCUACUAAGACUAGACAGCCAAGGACGCCUAUUCUUCGUCGAUCGGCUGGGGGAUACCUUCCGAUGGCACUCGGAGAACGUAUCCACGAACGAAGUCAGCGACGUCAUGGGCAAGUUCCCCCAAGUAGCCGAGACCAACGUAUACGGCGUGCUGGUGCCGAACGCGGAUGGUCGUGCCGGCUGCGCCGCUAUCGUGCCGACGGACGACAUCCUCAACGGGAAAGAGCUCGACCUCACCUCGCUAGCCGAGCACUGUCUCGCCAGUCUCCCGCGGUACGCGGUGCCGCUGUUCCUUCGAGUCACGAAGAGUCUGGAUUAUACCGGCACGCACAAGAUGCAGAAGCAGAAACUGCGCACCGAGGGCAUCGACGUCGCCGCUAUUAAGCAGUCGUCGAGCGACGACCAGAUGUAUUGGUUGCCCCCGGGAAGUCAGACGUAUGUCCCGUUCGCCGAGAACGAUCUUGAUGCACUCAAGGCGGGGAGGGUUCGGCUGUAACGUGUAAUGACCGGAUGCCCAUGGCUUGAGAAGAAGAGCGUGAUGAUUAAUGACCUUUCGCCGAGACGAGUUAAACGAGUUGAAGACUGUCUAUGUUAGACUAGAUGAUAAUGCGUGCCGUGGUGUGGUUUUAGAAUGGCGACGUGAAUACA